CUUUUGUCCUCUCUCUCUCUCUCUCUCUCUGAGAAAGAAGAACGUGUCUUCUUUCAAUCUCUCUACUCAAAUUAGGGCUCCUCCUCCACCAAGAUUAGGGUUUUCCUCCAUGUGACACACCCCUGUUCUCCCAAGCUGCAGAACCCAUGUCUCCUCUGUUGCCAAUUUUGCAGAGAUGGAUUCUUUUUACGCUAAUUUUGGUGGUUUUCAGUCGAGAAUUAGGGCAAGCAUUGAAGGUUCCUUUUAGGGUGAAGGAUGUGUUGCCUGUGUUGCCUCGUCAAGUUUCAUGGCCUGUGCUCAACACCCUACAUAGUGCAGUUGAUCUCUUGCCGUAUUAUGUUGGGUCUGUGACCCCUCAAGGUGAAAAGGUUGAGUGGAAAGGAGCCUGCUUUUAUGGCAAUGAAGCUCACCUGAAAUUCACAGAUAGUGAAAAGGAUGAAUUGGGUGGAGGGGUCAUCUAUGUGAAGACUGCUGAGGCUCACAGCUGGACCUGUAUGGACCUUUAUGUAUUUGCAACACCCUACAGGGUCACAUGGGACUACUAUUUCACCGCCCGUGAGCAUACACUGAAGAUUGAGUCAUGGGAAGAGUCUGCAGAGCUCGAAUAUGUUAAGCUGAAUGGGAUAUCUGUAUUCCUUAUGCCAUCAGGAAUGCUGGGAACUCUUUUAUCCAUGAUUGAUGUCUUGCCGCUAUUUUCAAACUCUGGCUGGGGCCAGAAUGCGAAUCUUGCGUUUCUAGAGAAACAUAUGGGCGCAACAUUUAAAAAACGUCCAGAGCCUUGGAUUGCAAGCAUUCGUCUGGAGGAUGUUCACUCUGGUGAUUUUUUGGCAGUCUCAAAAAUUCGAGGUCGUUGGGGUGGGUUUGAGACUCUAGAAAAGUGGGUCACAGGAGCAUUUGCUGGCCAUACUGCAGUUUGCUUAAAAGAUGAGGAGGGCAAUCUUUGGGUGGGUGAAUCAGGGCAUGAGAAUGAUAAGGGGGAGGAAAUAAUUGUCGUAAUUCCAUGGGAUGAGUGGUGGCAAUUGGCACUUAAAGAUAGUUCAAAUCCACAAAUUGCUCUACUUCCUCUUCAUCCUGACUUGCGUGCAAAGUUUAAUGCUACUGCAGCCUGGGAAUAUGCUCGGAGCAUGUUGGGAAAACCAUAUGGUUACCAUAACAUGAUCUUUAGUUGGAUUGACACUAUAGCUGACAAUUAUCCUCCUCCUUUGGAUGCUCACUUGGUCAUUUCUGUCAUGUCAAUGUGGACUAGAUUGCAGCCGGCCUAUGCUGCAAACAUGUGGAAUGAGGCUUUAAACAAGCGUCUAGAAACUGAGGGUUUAGACUUACAUGGAAUUCUUUUGGAGACUGAAAAGCGUGGAAUCUCCUUUGAUCAAUUGCUUACUAUCCCCGAACAAGAUGAAUGGGUGUAUAGUGACGGAAAGUCCACUACGUGUGUUGCCUUUAUCCUUGAAAUGUACAAAGAAGCAGGCAUAUUUGGUCCUGUUUCCAAUUCAAUUCAGGUCACAGAGUUUACUAUUCGAGAUGCAUAUAUGCUUCGAAUUUUUGAGAAUAACAGCAGUCGCUUGCCAAGUUGGUGUAGUAACAGAGAUACCAAACAACCUCCAUUCUGUCAGAUUCUAGGGGAGUAUCACAUGGAGUUUCCACGCUACAACACCGUUGAACUAUAUGGGCAUAUGAAUGAGAACUGCCCUUCGUUGCCACCCAACUAUGACAGACCAGUGGGAUGUUGAAACCCAAGUAUGGAUUUUAGGGUCAUCGGCUAAUGGUUCAGGUUAGAAGUUAGUCAUUUUGUGAAAGACUGUCUUUGUCUCUCUCCCCCCUCCCUCUCCUGUGUCUAUAGAAAUACGAGGCUAAUAUUUCUGAAAACUUUUUAAGUUAAAAGUUUAUUUGCCCCCAUUGUUUCCAAACAAGGGGCUGUUUGUAAAUAGAAUGCACAUCUGCCAUUAUGGUUGCCAAACAGAAUAGUAAAAGUGACAAUUGUAUGCAUGUACUUUGUAACCUAUGGCGGUAAUUGCAAAAUCGAACCGGUUUACCCAGA